AUGGGGGUCUGCACUGUCUUCACAGAUGCCAACGUCUCAUUUAUCCCUGAGAUCAAUACCACAGGCAUCACGAUCUUCUCCAUGCCCGGCUGGAAGCUGGCACUGUGGGCCUCAGCCUACCUGACCCUGGUGCUGGUAGCUGUGACAGGCAAUGCCACAGUCAUCUGGAUCAUCCUGGCCCAUCAGAGAAUGCGCACGGUCACCAACUACUUCAUCGUGAACCUGGCCCUGGCAGACCUGUGCAUGGCCGCCUUCAACGCAGCCUUCAACUUUGUCUACGCCAGCCACAACAUCUGGUACUUCGGCCAUGCUUUCUGCUACUUCCAGAACCUCUUUCCCAUCACUGCCAUGUUUGUCAGCAUCUACUCCAUGACAGCCAUCACCGCUGACAGGUACAUGGCCAUCGUCCACCCCUUCCAGCCCCGGCUCUCAGCCCCGAGCACCAAAGCGGUCAUUGCUGGCAUCUGGCUGGUGGCCCUGGCCCUGGCCUUCCCCCAGUGUUUCUACUCCACUAUCACCACGGAGCAAGGGGCCACCAAGUGCAUUGUGGCCUGGCCUGGAGACGGCGGGGGUAUGACACGGCUCCUGUACCACCUCGUGGUGAUCGCCCUCAUCUACUUCCUGCCCCUAGUGGUGAUGUUUGUCGCUUACACCGUCAUCGGCCUCACGCUCUGGAGGCGCACUGUUCCGGGGCAUCAGAUCCACGGGGCCAACCUGCGCUACCUGCAAGCCAAGAAGAAGUUUGUGAAGACUAUGGUGCUGGUGGUGGUGACAUUUGCAGUCUGCUGGCUGCCCUACCAUCUCUACUUCAUCCUGGGCAACUUCCAGGAGGACAUCUACUGUCACAAGUUCAUCCAGCAGGUCUACCUGGCUCUCUUCUGGUUGGCCAUGAGCUCCACAAUGUACAACCCUAUCAUCUACUGCUGCCUCAACCGCAGGUUCCGCUCUGGCUUCCGGCUGGCCUUCCGCUGCUGCCCGUGGGUCACACCAACCGAGAAAGACAAGCUCGAGCUGACUCACACUCCAUCCCUCUCGAUGAAGGUGAAAAGGUGUCACACUAAGGAGAUUGUCUUCAUGGUUCUAUCAGAGGCUACCAAUGGGCAGCCGGCAGAUGGCCACUUUGAGGUGCCCACUGAACUCUGA